CCGUGCUUGUCCGCGAUUAGAAGGUCGUUGAUCUGAGCCCGAGCCUAGUGGAAAGCAACCGUGGACAAGCCCAGCCGCUGUCAGCAACGUCUCGGGAAAACCCAUGCGGAGCCUGGGAUCGUCGUCCGGGUGCCUUCUGCAAGUGUUGAAUACUCCCCCUGCCGUCGCCCGGUCGGUCGUUGCCUGCAUUGUCCCCCCAGUAAGGGCGAUCUGGGCGUGAAUCCUCGGACAAGGCUAUCUUUGUCGUAGACCCUGGCCCGGAUACCGCACAGACAAUGGAAGCCACCCUCAACGGGCAGAAGUGGCUUGCGACUUUCCAGAACGUCUGGCAAGAGUCAUUGGUUGGGCCUAUUGUGGCGUGGCCAAACAAGACUACGCGUCAGGGUCUGCCACCACCACUCCCUCUUUUCGUCUUGGCUCUCUCCUUCCGUUCCGGCCUGGCGGCCGCGCUUGGGAAGGCCCAACAAAGUCUGUCUUGCUUGGGAAGCGAAGAAGAAAAGAAGGAUCCAGAUCGCCACGAUGCGAGGCACUCAUUCAUUUGCGGCCACCCCGACGACAUUGUUCGUCCGGCCAGCUGCUUUGACGGCCUGAUGUUGCGCUUCUCAGGCCCCUCGCUUGACGACGCGAUCGAAAGUCGUGCUUUUGGCACUCGGCGGCACACUAGCCGACCGAGCAGAGCGGCCCGCAUACUCGUGUCACCAAGUGCUGCCUCCGCUUCGGCAAGAGCUUCUCCAGCAAGCGCUGCCUAUGGUUCUGGCGCUUGUGCUGCUGGCCGCAACGGCAUAACGCCCCCAGGGUCCGGUGGUGGCCUUGGCAGUCAGACUUCGGGACAGCUCCCGAACCUGCGAGUAUGGGAAGAUUUCGCGAGCUACUGUGUGGCUUAUGCUUAA